AUGUCAAUGAAAGAAAUUUAUUCAGAAACAAUUAUUAUCACUGAUCUGUUUGAUGACAAGUCAGUGAAAUCAUUUUCUACUUGGUGUGGAAUGGCUAAGCUUGACUUUGUUGCUGUCGAACAACAACGUAAAUAUCAAAAGAAUGAUCAAAAGACAAGGCGUCGACUGCUCUGGGUGCUCAAGAAAGAACAUCGGGGGAAGGAGGAUGCCAGCACAAGACUUCGACUCUUGGAGUCGAUGGUGGAUAGACUAGUCCAAAAUUCCUCUGUUGAUAUGGUAUUUGCGUCGUACUCUUGUAGAUCUAAGCAACCAUUUGCAGACCGUGACACAGCCAACCCCAUCCAUGUGCCAAAGACUUCGGGAAAUACACAAGACAUGUUACAGUUUUUGUCUACUUCCAGCAAGCCAAUUGCGAUUGUCGUAGUUGAUUUUGCCGGAUUAACGACCAAUACUAAUGACUUAAUCCAGUGGCUUCAGGAUUACGAAACUGUAAGGUUUGCGUUGAUAGACAACAUAGAGGCCUUCAAUCAAACCUUCACUUUUACCAGAUGUCAUGGUUGUAAGAUUUAUAACUUAAUUCAAUAA